AUGACGGUUGUGAGAGAAGAGCAACAACGCUUUCAGAAUGCGACUAGGCCCCAUAAUAACAACACUACCAAAAAGCCAAAGACUAUCCCGUCAUAUCGUGUAAAUGUAUUUUCCACAACUUCAUUUCCUCAUCCAUUAGGUAUCAAACCAUCAGGGAACUUAUUGUUUAGUACUGGAGCAACAGACGGUGUUGACCAAUUAAAAAAUAGACAGGAACUGUUAAAGAAAAAUCUGGGUAAAUUAUAUAAUUUUCCCGAAGAAUUACUGAUUUAUUUUAUUUCCAAUUACAUAAAUGACCCCAAGACUUUGUUAAGCUUAAGCCACACCUCAAGAAUAUUAUACGCAUAUACCUACGAUGAUGAAUUGUGGAGAAGGUUAUACGUUAGUGAGUAUAUUAAACUAGAAGCUACUGCCCCCGAGAAGGAAAGUAUUAAUCCAUAUGGCAUCACCGAAUGGAAAGGUUCAUGGAGAAAGACUUUGUUGAAAGCCCCAGGUGGUGAAGAAGACGAGGCCUUAAUUCAAUGUAAUGGGCUAGUAUUUUCUGAUUUAUUGUAUAGGCCUUUCCAAUGUUCUCAGGUGGAUUUUGCCAAAAUUUUUGGUAAAAUAAUUAAAUUUGAAAUGAAACAAUCUGAAUUAAUGACUAAUUUAAAUCCGGAUUUUGGUAUUAGUAGAUUUGACGAGGAAACUUUUACGAGCUCACUUUUUUUUUCAAAAUAUAUUAACAAACCCUUUAUUUUGAAAUCCAAAACACCUGGCAGAUGGCCACUGAAUACAACGAUAGAUAGCUUAAGUGCGAAAUACCCCAAUGUUAGAUUUCGUCAAGAAGCAGUGAAUUGGGAUUUAUCCUUUUAUUCAAAGUAUUUCCAUAACAACAAGGACGAAUCACCACUAUAUUUAUUUGACUGCAAUAGUGUCGCAAUGGAUACCAUUAGGAAAACUUAUACGCCCCCCAAGAUUUUUCAAUCUGAUUUUUUGAAAUUGUUCAACCAACAAUCACACAAUUGCAGACCUGAUCACAGAUGGUUAAUUGUAGGACCUGCAGGUAGUGGAUCUACAUUCCAUAAAGACCCCAACAACACAGCUGCCUGGAACACUGUGCUAACCGGACAAAAAUUAUGGGUUAUGUUACCACCACAUAUUAAGCCUCCGGGAGUUUCUACUGAUAUUGAUGAAAAUGAAGUGACUUCACCAAUUGGCAUAUGUGAAUGGGUAUUGGCAGGUUAUUAUAAUGAUUCGGUCACAUUAGCUAUGAGUAACACCAACCCUGGUGGUACAUCAAAUAACCCUACAAUCAACUGUUUGAUCGGAGUAACUUUUCCUGGUGAAUGCAUUUAUGUGCCCGCUGGGUGGUGGCAUACAGUUAUAAAUUUGACAGAUUCGGUAGCAUUGACUGAGAAUUUUUUACCAGAACCAAUCGUACCUCAAACCUUGAAUUUUUUCAAAAACAAGCAAAAGCAAAUAUCUGGAUUCCAUGCUAAGGAUUUCAUAAAAUCAUUGCAAGGCUUUUUAGAUGUGCACGGUUGUGAUUCUGAAGCCAAGGAUACCCAGAAUAUUAUAAAACUAAAAAACUUUUUAAAGGAAAAUAAGGAUAGACUGGAUACCAAUGAAGAUUGUGGGGUAGUUUCAGAAUUGCAAGAGCUGGGUAUUCCUCUAUACGAAUUUUUUGUUGAAUUAAUUAGAAAUGAUCCUACAUAUUGUAAAUUUCUACCCCAAGCCUUAAAGGAGUUGAACAACAUUGAAAUACAAGAAUAUAAUCUGAAACAUGGCGGUGUAAGAAAUUGUAGAGAGUCUAAACUAUGGAGCGAAUUAACUUCUAAUGGUACUGACCGCAGUGCUAAAGAGAAUAGUACUGAUGAUAAAAGGGCAUUUUCGAGUGGAUUUUCAUUUAAUUUUAAAGAGGAGUAUGAGGACUAA